AUACAUUUCCACACUGUUCUCUACUGUCAAAUUGAAUCCAUUCCUUCUUCAAUUAACCAUCCUCAGAUCCUCUGUUUUCAAAUGGCCACACCAAGCGAAGCAUCAGCUAUUUUUUUCAUCAAAAAACAUCUCCUCGGCGAAUUUUCUCCGCUGCCUAAUGUCACCACCACCACCAAUCCAUGGAUCAACGAAUCAGUGGCUUCAGAAACCGUCUUCAGAUCAUUUGACCAAACCGAUUUUUAUUUCCCCGAAUUCGAGACUAAACCGGAUAUAACCGAUCACGUGACGCCCAGGUUCACCGACUCGUUCAAUUUCGAGCUAAAACCUGAGAUGAUUCCAUUAGCAUCAAACGAUUCCUUCACGUUCCAAUCGAAUCUUCCCGCCAUCUCGCAGUCGAAUCGAAAACCGCCGUUGAAGAUCGCGACGCCGGACAGAACGGAGUGGAUCCAAUUCGCGGCCGGAAACUCCCGACGAGAACAGCUUCCCUUACCAACAACGGUGGUUGCCGCGGCAGCAGAAGAGAAGAGGCACUACAGAGGAGUGAGGAUGAGGCCGUGGGGGAAAUUCGCGGCGGAGAUCAGAGAUCCGACGCGCCGGGGAACCAGGGUUUGGCUCGGGACGUUCGACACGGCGAUCGAAGCGGCUAGGGCUUACGACCAAGCUGCGUUUAGACUCCGAGGAGCGAAGGCCAUUGUGAAUUUCCCGCUCGAGGUCGGGAUGUGGAAACCACGCGCUGAAGAAGAUGGCGGGAACAAACGGAAACGAGACGGAGAGGAGGAGGAGGGAGUGAGGAUGGUUGUUGCGAAAGUGGUUAAGACGGAGGAGAGUCGCGGCGUUGAGCAAGUAACGUCGAGUUUGACGGGGUUAGACGAGUGGGAUUUGACGGAGUUACUGAGCAUGCCGCUUUUGUCGCCGUUAUCGCCACACCCACCGUUUGGUUAUCCGCAAUUGACUGUUGUCUGAAUGUCUUUUGGGGUCAGCUUAUGCUGUAUGCUGACGUGGAAUUACAUCGUACACGUGUUUUUUAAUGAUCUCUUGAUUCUUUUUGUUGCACACAUUCGAGGAAAUUUAUUCAUUUAUUUGUUUUUUUU